AUGGUGGAUACUCGCAAGGGGUCUUAUGUGCCUAAGCAGUCUAGAGAUGCACCUAAUGUCAUCACCUCUUCGCCUCCUCCAGGUGAGGCCUCUAGUAGGUUGCAGGAGUCUUUACGUUCUGAGCCAGUGCCUAAAUUUGGUGCGUCUACUGCUCCUGUUUCUCCUGCUGUGCAUGCACAACGAGCUUCUGAGGCCAUUAUGGAUUCAGAUGAUCAGGAUGAUGUUUCGUUAAUUCGAUUGUUAAAGAAACCUUCAGAGCCAGUUAUAACCGAGAGCCUCCCUUCUGAUCCCCCGAGUUCCAUUCACUCUCAAGAGAGCUCAUCAACCGAAAGGAUACCUCCUGAAGACAUUCCUCCUCUUACUAAUGAUCCCAUUGCACCAUCUUCUGAAGGAAGGCCAGAAUCUCCUAAAGGUUCUAAACCCCCAAAAAGAAAAACUCAACAGCUAAGGAGAAAUGUUACCACAAAAAUAGGCAGAAAGAAAAUUCCUGCGAAUGUUCCAUUUGUUCCUAUUGAUGGAAUUUUUUUUUACCACGAGGAAAACGUUCAACGCUGGAAGUUUGUGAUGCAGAGAAGAAUUGCCGAUGAGCUAAUUAGAGAAUUUAUCGUCAAUAUGCCUGGUGAGUUUAAUGAUUCGAAUAGUGCUGAUUAUCAGAUGAUGCACAUUAGAGGGUUCAAAUUUGUGAUUUCACCUGUUGUGAUAAAUGGUUUUCUUGGAAAUACUGUUGAUUUUGACUGCUCUCUAUCAUGUCCUACUACUGAGGUUCUAGCUACUGUCAUAUCUGAAGGGACCUUGUCCACAUGGCCAGUGAAUGGAAUUUCUGCGACUGCUCUCAGCGUCGAGUAUGCCAUUCUGCACAAGAUUGCCAUUGCCAAUUGGUUCCCUUCCUCACAUGCCUCAAGCAUAUCUGCUACCUUAGGUACAUUUUUGUAUCAAAUUUGCAAUGAUGAUAAAGUAGAUACGGGUGCCUUCAUUUACAAUCAACUGUUGAGGCAUGUUGGGUCAUUUGAGGUCAAGGUUCCUAUUGCUUUUCCACGGUUGUUCUUCACUCUGCUACUUCACCUAAAUGGAGCGGUGCUUACUACAACUGAUGCUCCUGGACCUGAACCUAAGACAAUUGCACUUAGCUACAGACUCUUUCAAGGCAGUCAUGUGCCUGAUAUUGACCAUGAUGAUGAGUCUGCUGAAGGCUUCUAUGUGGAUCGUGAGUUAGCCACCCGCAUUGUUAAUUCCUUGAUUGUUGAAUCUUGUGCACUGACUAACUCUAUCACUCUGUUGUCUGAACGUCGAUCAAAGGUUAAUGCUUCCAUUCGACAUUUGAAGUCUUCGACACUAUCUACUAGUCGUCAGCAACUACCAUUCGGUUAA